AUAUCGAUUGGCCAAAUCAAAUAAAUACUCUCGCCAAAUGUUCGAAAAGUAAACAGUUUCAGUUUUGAAAUCCAAACAAAACAAACGAUCAACAUGAAGUUCUUCUCAGCUAUUUUGAUGGCCGUUGUUUGUGCAACGGUUGUAUCCGCCGCACCAUCAACGAAAAAUGAUCUCGCUAGCAUCAUAGACCAUCUCAAGGAUAAUGCAAAUUUGGAAUGCAUUCAUAAUGUGGUUGGUAAAGUGGUCGGUGAUAGCGAAAUCAAGGGUAAAUGGAUCGAAACCAAAACUAAAAUCGGCGCUCUGAAAGCUGAAUGGGCAAAAUGCUUGAAAAUGGACGAUACACAACAACAUGAAUGCAUGGUUGCCGUUACCAAGAAGGGUGCCGAUGUCGCCAGUGAUUUUGUCAAGACAUUGGCUAAUGAAAAAUACUUGCCGUUGCUUUAGCAAAUGUUUGAAAAGGUCUUGGCCGAAUGCUUCAAUGGAGGUAUCGGAGAUGAAAUCAAAGAGAAGUUGCGCCAAAAGGCAAAAUGCAUUCUCGAAGGCAUCACUGAAGCUGUUAAGGGCACCGCUUUCGCUCCAGUUUGGGAGGAAUAUUUCAAACAUUUGGUCGAUUUACACGAACGUGUCAAGGUUUGCGCCCAAAAACCAAGCCAAGUUGAAGUAGCUCGAUGCAUUGUCGGUGAAUUGAAAAAAGACGAGCCAAUUCACCGAAAAUUCUUUGAAGAAUUGAAAAAGGUCAACAAGGAAGGCUUCGUCCGUGUUGCAAAAUACAUCAAGGGAAAAUGCUUCCAAUAAUUGUGAAACCUUUUCCAAAUCCCCUGGACAAUUUCUUAUUCAAAUCAAAUUUACGAUGGAAGUCACAGGAAUUGCAUCACAUAAUUCCAUUUUUUGUAUGAAGGAAAGAAAUAAAUCGAUUUUGCAUUGAGA